AAUGGGGAUGUUCGAACCUUCCUGGCAGACUUCGAGGAGGUUGCGGAGGCUGCUGGACUGGAUACCGACCGGCGUAGUUCGACACGCCAGGAGGCCAUGAGGCGGUUCAAAACGGCCAUAAUGGCACUUGAAUGUGACCCGACCGUGUUCUUCGCCGACCUGCAGCAAUCGUUGAAUCGGGCUUUGCCGGGAUUGGACGGAGUGUCGUGCCAGCAGUUGCUGUCUGACCAGUUCACUGGAGGAGUUCAGCCCGCACUUGGUGCCCAGUUGUGGUUGGCAAGGGCAACUGACCAGCCUGCUUUUCCCCUGAGUUUGCUCCCGGAGCAUUUCGUUACACAAUCAACUAACGACGCUGCUGUUAACCCCCUUGAAGUUGCCGAGCCAAACAGAACUCACACAACUCUGUGCAAAUGUCAAGUUAUUCGUGGAUCUCAUUUAUUACAUCAGAGCCCAGUAUCUGCUUCCUCAACAUGGAUUCCAACAGUCGAUCUCAGAUGCUGUCCUUUAUUCCGACUGCCUGGGCCAGUUUGCCUUCUUUCCCGUGCUUCGUGCACGCUUAGGCCUACCGUUCGUGGGACCAACUUUGCUAGCCGUGCAGGUAUCUCACCAACAAUUACGUUCAAUUCCACUGAUAGCAACUCAUAUUCCAAAAAUUUUGGUGGUAGCAGUCCUUCAUCUGAGUCCCACGAUUACUCCGUUUGUGUCCCAGAUCAGUGCGUAACCUAUCCUCAGGUAGAAUCCGAUAUUCGUCCCCUCUGUACAGUUAUCUGCUCUGCUUUAGAUCAUGGUCCGCGAGCUUACCAUUCUCCCUUAACGCAUACUAGUGAUGUACUGUCUAUGGUUCCUGGUACGCUGGUUUUCAGUCCAACAUUUGUGUCAACCGCCAGUGCUCAACCCCGAAGUUCGCAUCAGUUUGGGCCAGUUUUCUCCCAGGGUCCUCAGUCUAUACAUUUCACGCAGUUUGUCCAAUCCGACCGUGCACAGUAUCCACAAUCAGCUUUUUGUCCUCAAACAGAUGAAUCCAAGUCGUUUGGCUUGACUACUUCCUAUCUACCUACCACCACAAUUGCACAUCGGACUUGCCCAUCAACCGAUCACAAUUAUCCCAUCACAACAGCGCAUCCGAUGUCGCGCACAAACGAUCGCCAUAACUGCUAUGUUUUUUCUGAUGAUGAACUUCGUUCUCAGAUGGAACAGUGUGCCAUAUCUGACAUGUCGAGUUUGCCUCUGGAUAGGGACAGUAGUACGCCCGCCUCAACAACUGGCUGUUCAUCGGAUCGGCAGCACGACGAACUCGCAGAGUCAUUGUCCUCAUCUUUCACUCAGGGCUCUGUGUCCGACAUACCACUGUCAAAUUUAGAGGAAAUACUGGCCAGGUCCUCUAUCGACGAUGUCUAUUUAGGUCCCGUUGAGGACAAAUAUGGCAAGUUGUUGUCACUAGACCCAGCUCUUCGAGUUGGUAGUGAAACUGCAUCACUGCCGUACUCGUCUUCUUCUCUUGCAUUUUCUCCGCCUGGCGUUCUUAUGGUGACAGAGAUGUGGCGCUCAUUCAUGUCGGAGCGUUUAAGCUAUUGCAACCACCGUAUUCACUGUAUGAACUUGGCUUCUUUGCGAAGGUGCCUUUAUGAUCAUGGACUCAAUCAACUCGGCUCAGUUGCAAUAUUGAGGCGACGUUUGCAAGAAUUCGUUCGCCGCAUACGUGAAGCACAGUCCAUGGAUGCUGGUCGUUUGAGGCUGCCUCAUGAAACUGGCGAUUUUCUCACGUCGAGUGAUGCGGUUGACAAGCUGACUGAGGAACAACCAACCGCCUGGCAAAGUUCACCCGAUAAAGCCCCCAAUUGUGCAUUGACAGACAGCAGUUGUUCGCGUACUAUGAAACUCCCGAAACCGGUUGUCCUUACUCCGGAUACGUUCUACUCGUAUCUAUUAAUAAUCGAUCUUGAGGCCACUUGUGAUUUCCAAGAACACCGACAAUCCGCGCCCGAAUAUCCCCACGAGAUUAUUGAAUUCCCCAUUUUGCUGUAUAAUACCCGGACGCGUAAGUGUAUCGGAAUAUUCCACGCCUAUUGCAAACCCAAAUUGCGACCGGACUUGACUGCCUUCUGUACAAGCCUGACACAAAUAAGUCAACAUGAGGUGGACAAUGCGCAUCCGUUCCCACACGUUUUGGCGCGAAUUGAGGAUUGGCUAUUCAAUAAGCACGGAUUAUCUAAUGUUCGAUGUGCUGUUGUCUGUGACUGUAGUGCGGACAUGGGCAAAUUCAUGCGUAUCCAGUGUCGACUCGACGGAAUCCCACUUCCUUCAUGGGCUACCGUUUGGAUUAACUUGAGCAAAGCUUUCCGAGUGUUUUAUAAACUUCCAUUGCGUAAUCGUGUCACACUUAGCACCAUGUUACGUGAUCUUAAUCUAUCGUUCAUCGGACAACAACAUCGUGGAUUAGAUGAUGCGAUCAACAUACUGCGGAUCGUCCGCACACUACUCGCCGACGGUUGUCUACUACGCGUCAACGAGCGGGUCGAUUUUGGACGUGCUCCUACCUAUGUGGCGGCGGUUCCCCGGUUGGUUGCUGAAACCACAUCCGGUCUGAUGGGCAGUCGCCUAAUGCUACUUUACAAAAAAUCCCGGCUGAGUGCUGGAACUAGUUCUCAGGGCGACAAGAAUGAUGCUCAUAACCGAAGCACUCUACCUUCAGAUUUACCCGAGGACCAUAUUCAGUCACUCUUGUGGCUUGCAGAUGUACAGAAAUCUAGAGUUUCCAAAGAACAAUGAUGAAACAUUUCUAGCUGUCCCUCUGUCUCCUCAUCUACACAGAUUUUCUUUAUUCUUUUGUUAAUCUGUUUUUGGGGUUUCCCGAAUUACCAAAUGACACGUUUAUUUUCUCGUUUUUUUCGUAUGAUUAUUUGGCACAAUGCUUGUCCAACGAGCACAUCGCACCUUCUACACAGACGCAUGUUUAUUAACUAGACAGUGAGGACAUUUUCAAUUGGAGGUUGACAUUUCUUUUUGGUAUACUUUUCCCCUAAAAUGCUCCUGUCAACAACGUGCAUACAACUCGCACUCCACCAUUUUCAUAUUGCGAAAGUUUCUGCAUGACCGCUUCGUUGCUCCACAUCUGUACCGUUGUUCGGACAGUAUGCAGGAUUGACUGCAUUACCGUAAACCCGCGAGUUUGCGAAGAAUCGAACAAAUUUCCGUAUUUUGACGUAUUCGGAAGACAAAUCUCGUUGUUAUAGACGAGUCAGCCAUGCACCCUUGGCUCUGCCGUCUUCAAUUGUCUAAACAAGAAAUGAGACCGCAUUUAUGCUGCCCCCAUUAGCA